AGGCCUCAGUGUUGCCUCGUUCAAAAGUCGAUGGAAGCAAAAUGGCUGUCGUUGACAUUUAUUAAAGACAAACACCUACCUCUUCUUCGGCAUUGUUCUACCAGCAUAUCGCGCUUAUUUGCACUUGAGUCCACACCGAGAGGACAUCCUCAUCAGCAUCAUGUCCGCGAUGAAAGCUCCAGACGUCGCAUCAUCCCUUCAGCUAUGCAGGAUCAUGCGGCCCGAUGAUGCAAACAUUGUGGGCAACGUGCACGGGGGCAACAUCCUGAAGAUGAUAGAAGAAGCUGGAUGCAUUGUCAGCACGCGACACUGCAAUACACAGAAUGAGGACCGCUGUAUGGCAGCUCUGGUACGGGUGGAAAAGACGGAGUUCUUGUACCCCUUGUUCAUCGGGGAGGUCGCCCACGCCACGGCUGAGAUCACAUUCACCUCGCAGCACUCGCUGGAAGUGCAGGUCAAAGUCAUGGCUGAGAACAUCCUCACAGGUGCCAAAAAGCUGGUCAACAGGGCCGUGCUGUGGUAUGUCCCCUGCUCUCUGCAGAAUGUCGACAAGGUCAUGGAGGUGCCACCCAUCAAGUAUGAUAGUGGAGAACAAGAGGAGGAGGGUCGAAAACGCUAUGAAGCUCAGAAGACAGGGAGACUGAAAACCAAAGAAAGGAUUGAAGAAGUUGUGCCGCCUCCAUCCAAACCAGAAAAGCACACAGUCGGAUUCAGCCAGUCCAGCCUGAUCCAUCUGGUGGGUCCUUCUGACUGCACCCUUCACGACUACGUACACGGAGGCGUGACCAUGAAGCUGAUGGAUGAAGUAGCGGGCAUUGUGGCAGCACGUCACUGCAGCACCAACAUAGUCACUGCCUCUGUUGACGCCAUCAACUUCCAUCGCAAGAUCCGUAAAGGUUGUGUGGUGACCGUAACGGGUCGUCUCACAUUCGUCAGUAACAAGUCCAUGGAGAUAGAAGUGCUGGUAGAUGCCUGCUCGCUGGUCGAUGCUGAGAAAGUCAGCUAUCGUGCCGUUUCGGCCUUCUUCACUUUCAUCUCGCUGGACAGGUUUGGUAAAGCUCAGCCCGUCCCUCCACUUAAGGUGAGCGGAGAGGAGGAGCAGAGGCGUUAUGAUGAAGGCCAAGCUCGUUACCUCUACAAUAAAGCCAAGAGACUUGCAGAGAAGGAAGGCAAGCAGUGAUGCCGCCACAACGUAACACUGAAGGAAAUCAAAGCCCUCUCUUCCUCUUUCUCUUCCUCUACUGUAAUUGUAGCCUCCUCUUAAACCUUGACCAAAGUGUUCACAUACAGUAUAGGCUGCAUUACAGAAUUAUUUUAAUGUAACUGCUGAGUAUUUUCUGAUGAGAAAAGUAAUAAUAUAUAGAGUAUACGAUGGAAAAAAAGAUGAAGAAGUGAAUGAAUAAUAAUGAAUAAAAGAUCAAAGCGUGAGUGUGGGCUCUUGCCUCAUGUCCUUUGCUCGCUUGAUGAUGAUGAUGUCAUUGUCUUGGGCAUGCCUUGGCAGAGAGGACACACGCGAUCCAUCUUUUCACCACGGGAGAGAAGGGGCAGGAUUGCAGGGAUGGCUUGGGGGUCUUUGACUCAACUCACAUCUCCCCCACACCCCAGUGGGGGAGGGAUGGGUGAAGACCUCUCUCGCCUCUCUUGUGUUCAUUCUCUGCUGUCACACUUCUGCCUUCCUGCUCUCUUCCCUUCCUCCUGUAGCAGCAGCCCAUGUACAUGUUGGCUCUUCAUUUUGGUGACUUGUCACUUUCUUGCUCCAUCUUUUCACUCCUUUGUGUGCCUCAGACAGUCUUGUUGCUUUGUUACCCCAGUUUUUCUUCCAUAUGAAUUGCCAAGAAUCCUCACAACCUUAUCAGAAACACUACUGGGACUCAAUUUAAAUGUUGUUUACACCUAUGAAGCACCAGUUCACAAGCACUUUUUUUCUUGUCAUUUUCUUAUGGAGCUGGUUUCAAAACAUGCUGUGGACCCUUGAAAAUGGACAGCACAGUACAUUAUAAUAUAAUAUAAUAAUCCUAUUAUUGCCUUACAUUCUGCAUUGUAAUCUUUCAAGUAACCUUACACAGUUAGUUAUCAUCUACCUAAGUGCAAAAAGAAGUUAUAAAACUAACACUUUCUUAAUAGUCAUAUGGGAAAUAGGUAGGAAUUUUGUGUUGCCAUAAGAUCCUCUGGAGUUUUUCGGAUUAUGGUAACACAAAAUUCCAACCUAUUUCAAACCAGUAAAUACCCUGAGACAAAAAUUAGUGCAUCCUAAAGACAAGGCUCCAAACCAAAAACAGAGCAAUGUGGUCUAUUCCAUCCACUGUAAAGAUGAGGAAUGCAAAGAGCACUACAUUGGGGAAACUAAGCAAAUGCUCCAAAAAAGGCUUUAUCAACAUCGCAGGGACAAUUCUAGUGGUCCUCAAUCAGCAGUACAUCUACACCUUAAAGCAACCAAUCACUCUUUUGAGGACAGCGUUGUAAAGAUUUUGGCCAAAGAAAACAGAUGGUUUGAAAGAGGAGUAAAGGAAGCUAUUUAUGUCAAACAACAGAACCCAUCAUUGAAUCGGAAUGGUGGUUUGAGGUUUAAUUUGGACCCUGUGUUCAGCAGGUUACUGAGACCAAAACCCACAGCUCUUAGUCUUGCAAAUGACGUGAAGCCAGGGCCGAGCCAGAACAAUAGAUGAUAACGAGCCAGUAUCAGAGUCGUUCAUACCCAACUCAGGGAGCGACACUUCCCUUUGAUCAGAGGUGCUAAUAGCAGGAGAGGAUUAUACCACUACUCCGCCCAGGCUUAGUGUAAGGAACCAAUAGGAGGAGGGCGUUGGCACACCAAUUCCGCCCACUCUUACUGUAUUUAAGGCCUAGGCUACCAGCACUUAUUAGUUUGCUGACGAAGCACUUCGGAUGAGGAGCGAAACGUCCGACACCUUCUUCACAGAAGUACAGAUGACGUCUCAAGAAGCCUUUCCCUCGAUGGACAACUGCUGUACGACUGAGAGCCUACACAGAUGCAUUCACAUAUAAUGUUUUUUUCUUGAGAACUUUAACUGUUACGUAUUUGAAAAAAGAACUUACACAAGUAACUUGUUACUCAUAGUCAUGGAGUGGAAAUUUACAGUAAAAAUGAAAUUUGGAAAUAUUCACAGAUAAAAGCGGAUUUUCCUUCAGACCUGUUAAUGGUCUAUCUACUGUAAGUGUAAAAAGAAUCAUACAAGUAACUGGUGUUAAUAAUUAUAGGGGUGGAGAAUUUCCAGUAAAAAUAUACAACAAAAUAUACAAUAAAAAUAUACAAAAUGUAAUUUCUAUGAUUAAGAUGGAAUAACUUAUGAAUUACUCGCAGACCCAGCCAUCCACUGUUUUCAUCUGACUCUGGGUCAAACAGGCACUAGUCUCAGUUAGCUUCCCAAACUUCCAAGUAUUCCUUUCCCUACAGAAUCCUAUAUCUGCAGAUAAAAACACACUUUCACUGAGAACUAUUGCUUGACAUCUAAGUACAAAAAGAAAAAAGUACAUAUUAAUAGUCAUGGGGUGGAAAAUUUCCCGUAAAAAAUGAAUGAAUUAAAAAAUAUAGUUUAGCAGAGGAAUUUUGGAAAUAUUCACAAAGAGGUAUAAUAAUCUUCCUGUUCUUAAAUUUGCAUGGUUUAAUGGAGAAUUUUGGAAAUAUUAAUUGCUAAAAAAAUCCCUUUCCAUGUUAAUUAUGGUAAUUAAAAUAUCAUGUCUUAUUUACUUUAUUCAUAUCAUUGAGCUGACUUCAAAACUUUUCUCACAACAACCUAUUGACCUUAAUAAGUGUACAACACUUGAAUCUGACUUUUAAGAAAGCAGAUGUUCAUUUUAAUUCCAGACAACAAAUGGUGGGAUUUGGUGUAAGAUUAACAACAACAACAAAUCCUACUAAACUAAAGAGAGUGAGUCAGAAAACUCUUUGUCUCUCCUCUCACCAUUUUUCCUUACGCAGGCACAAAAUGAUUUGUCAUUGGUUCUUCAAGGUUGCUUCUGUCCCCCAGGGUCCCUCUAGAACAGCGUGCUAGCUUUUCAUUUACCCUCUCCAUGAAAAUAAAGUUAGGCUCAAGCUUCCUCUGAGGGGCGUAAUGCAGGGUGUGGGGGCUUGCAUCUAUUUUUAAACCUAGCGAGGUUGAGACAUCUUGUGGGAAAAGGAGAGUACAGUAGAAUCCAUCUCAGAAGGCUUGAUAUGACUUAUUGGAAAUAUUAGCAUCGUGAAAAAAGCCUGAACCCAAUGAAAUUACAAUGAUAAUUACCUGCUGUGCUGUAAAUCAUUCAUCAUUGUACCGUACACAGCCAUUUCAUUUGUACCGCUUGCAGCUGCCUGUCAUACGCGGUGACACUAUGUGGUAACCAUGGUUACCAACGGUAUGUGCUAUCAAGCAAUUUUGGAACCCAUGCAAUCAGGAACUGAUCAGCAGACAUGUGCUGUACAUUGCAUUAACUGUGCACAGUCAAGUGACUUUCACUGUAAUUUCUGUCUUUUGUGUGCAACAAUGAGCAUUUCUCAUACACACCACUGACUCCAUCAUUUUAUUGGAGGCGAGAGAAGCACUCAGAGAGAGCAGACCUCUGCCAAGCGCCAUAGUUCCCCCCAUAUUGUGAUUCACACCAAAAUCAUAUUCCAACAUUUUUUAGAUCAGUCUUUGAUAUUUUGUAGAACCUGUUGGAAACGUGUCCUUUUACGAAGUGCUCUGAUCAUUUUUUGUGGAGUUAAAUGCACAAAUGGAAAAAAAUGGUCCUAUCUCGCACUGUUAAAGAAUCCUUUAAAAAACAGAUGGAUCCAGACGGUGAUCCGGAUCACCCCCAAAAUUGAAUCAAUUCUCCCAUAUCCCAUUUCCGACAAUUCCUGAAAAUUUCAUCAAAAUCCAUUCAGAACCUUUGUGGCCAACAAUGUUAUUUUGCACUGCAAAAAUAACAAAAUUAACAUGUGUUUUGGUGUCAUGAGCACUUUAAAGAUUUCCUGCACAAAGAUCAAAGGAAGAAAGAAGACAUGAGGUCUAUCAACACACAUCAUGUCAUGUCUUCACAUGAGAAUGAGAACAACAAUGUAUCACACAGUGGAGAAGAAUGACAAGGCCACUUACAGGAUGAACGAUCGCCUGCAGUGUGCAGCAGGAAACCCAUUACGGGGCACAUGAGGAUGGAUUAGAGAUGAAGAGAAAACUUUCAACUUUCAUUGUCCGGUGACCCGCUUUGUAUUUUUUCAGGAUUGAUCUUCAUCAUCAAUCAUUUCUCUGACAGGCAGACCUGCAGCUUUCUUUUUUUCCCACGUAGAAACCUGCGCCUACACUUCAAGGUCACCUGUGGAAAUGUACUAAUAGUUAUUAUAGACGCUUGCCUCACACACACACACAUACACACACACACACACACAGCACUCAAUAGUCAAAAGUAUUGAGACACCUGGUCAUUACAUCUCCAGGAAGUAGAAUUGGUAGGACAUUUUAACUUUUUUUUGGGAAGACUUUUUCCAAAAUGUUCAAUUGUGUCCUUUGUCCAAGAUGAACAUUUGUGAGGUCAGAGGUCCCUGACGUUUAACCUGCUGGUUCACAAUAUCUUUUGUAAUUCAUACCAAAGGUAUUUAAUGGGUAUGGAAGGCUGAUUGACCAAAUUUAAGAGUUGUGUCUCAAUGCUUUUGUCCACAUAGUGCUAGAUUAUUCAUCCCACUUUUCUGUGUUAUCCAGGAUUCAAGGCAACAGGGGUUUCCUUGCAGAUUAAUAGUAGGUGAUGGCCCUGCUGGAAUCCCCCCUUUCUUUUCUUUCCCAUCCUCAUGGGACCUUGCUGGGAGUCCUACUAAACUGGGCUCUACUUUUUGACUGUUAGACGACCAAGCUCCUGCACCUGCGAGGAUAGCACCAGCAAAACCUUGGUUAUGGUUUAAUUUAUUUUGAAUAUGCAUACGGUUUACAUUGAAAUGCUUCAUGUUACAAUUCACAAUUCCACUUGUCUGAAAUGGAGUAGGAAGAGGGAGAGCUUAUUAUCCUACCCCCUCUCCAUUUCACACCAAUUGCUAAUACUAAUUUGUUCUCUUCCUGAAUUCAACAUGCACUAAUUCACUAUUUACAUUAUUCUUCCAUUCAAUAAAGCAA